AUGGCAGAGGCCUCGAAUGGCGAAGCACCACCCCAGCAGCAAACCUUCGAAUCCGAUGGCGACCCUUUCUCGACGUUCUUGGACAACCUGCAGGGAGUUGUGCUGCUCGCGUGGCGUGCAACGGCGUCCGAUUCGUCACCCAGGAUCGUCCUAUUACCGACGAGGAAGAAGCCGAUCCUCAAGCCGCUCCCAUCUGAGAGCGCGUGGCUCGCCGGCGAUCCCGAGGCUCCUUGCAAGGCCACGAAUGGUCGUUCUUCCAACGUAAAGUGCUCGUGGUCGCUGGUCUCCUUCCGCCACGCGCUCGUCUGCAAGCGCUGGUUGCGCGUCGCCCAGUUCGUGCAUCCGGCCAUCGUCGUUCCGCUCGACCGCUUCUUCUCUGCGCGCGCCCUCACGUCCCUACUCCGCGCGCCCGCGACCGCGGGGUUCCCAAAUCUCCGCCACCUGCACCUCGCGCCGAACGCGCUGGACACCGUUGAUCCCGCGCUCGUACGCUCCAUCUGCGUCGGAUCUGAGCCGUCCUUAACGCAUCUCAUGCUGCAGCUACACGACGGUUGGCUGCACCUGACGCGCCCACGACGGUACUCUUUUUGUGGGAUCGCUGCACAGGCGGCGGCGGAAGCGGCGCUAACUGCGGGAAUGAUCUCGGCGGCCGAUGUCGCUGCACUGCUCAGCUCUUGCACGCGAUUGGUCAGUCUCGACGUGACCUUUGGGAGAAGAAUUCUCGAGCUUCCCUCCUCCGUCAGUUGCCUGCAGCAGCUCACGAAGCUCGGCAUAUCCUUUGACGAAGAUGUUACCACGUUACCAGCAGAGAUCGGUAGUUUGGUGCGACUGAGGCGGUUACAGAUCCGGUCGACUUCCCUCGUGCUGCCCGAUUCCUUUUGCGGCCUGCCCGCCCUGGAGCACCUGCCCGCGCUGCAUGACCUCACGAUUCAAGACAAUGCUCGCCUCAAGCACCUCCCGCCCUCGCUCUCUGCCAACAGCACGCUCGAGCGCCUCUCGCUGCACGAGUGCCUCUCGCUGCACGAGUGCCAAGCGCUCUCAUCCCUGCCGGGCGCCAUCGACCACAUUCCCUCCCUGGAGCGCGUCCACCUCAGCCUUCUCGACGCCCUCAGCGGGCUUCCCGAUUCCCUGGGAUGCGCGUCGCAGCUGCACGAGCUGAAGGUCGUCCACUACCGCCGCCUUGUGGCUCUCCCGCGCUCGGUCUCUGCUCUCGCCUCCCUCACCCGCCUUACACUUGACGGCUGCGCUGUGUGGGCGCUGCCCGAGGAUUUCGAGCAGCUGUCCGAAUCUGGUGCGGCUGAAGCUGUCGUGCGAGCGACUGACCGCCUUGCCCAGGUCGUUCGGGCAGCUGGGGAAGCUGCAGGAGCUGAGGCUCCACGCCUGCUACGGUCUGCUCGAGCUGCCCACAGGUUCGAGCAGCUGCCGAAGCUGGAGGCUCUCAUGGUUGGGAGCAGAGAGAGUUACACGAGGAAUGGCGCGGAUCAAGGGCAGCCGUCGUCGCCUGGUUGCCCCACGGCGCUCUCACUAGCCACGCUGAACGAGCCGUUGUUGGGGCGCUGCUUGCUGCGCAACUUGCCGGCGCCCUUGCCUUCCCUCACAUGCCUGCAGCAGCUGGUGAUGGACGGGUGUGAUGCGCUCGACAGCUUGCCAGAGGGGUUGGGCCUCCUAGCUGGGCUGCAAGUGCUGCACGUGAAGAACUGCCAGCAGCUGCGCUGCUUCCCCUCCCUCCUGCCUGCCCCUCCCCCCACCUCCACCUCCGCACCUGUUGGGCGUUCCGCCUCUGCUGCCCUUACUGCCGCUGUGUUUGCCCCUGGUGCUUCGUCUUGUCCCUCUACGCGGCCUGCCGCUCGCCCCUCUCCGCUCCCAAUGCUUCACACCCUGGAGAUCGCCAAGUGCCCUCGUCUUACAAGCCUGCCGGACGGCCUGCAUGAGCUUCCCAGGCUGGAGCGCAUCGCUCUGGACGACUGCAUCGCCCUGGGCUCUGCUCACGACUGGCUCUCACUCACCGCACCACUCGCCCUCCCCCCCUCCAUCACCGCCAUCUCCCUCUCAAGCGUCUUUCUCCACUCCCUCUACCUCCCACGCUCCCUCCUCUCCCUCACACGCCUCACCCAUCUCAACCUGAACGAACUCCUCGGUCUGCAGGCGCUCUUUGCUGCUCCCAGCGGCGCCCCACCGGAGGACCUACUGAGCGACAGGGAGGCGGGCACGGACACCCAUCCCAUCUGUGGCUUCCGCAUUGACCCUCACCCCGGUCCGCCCACCAGCCUAGCGCUCCUCUCGUCCCUGCAACACCUUGCCGUGGUGCAAUCCGGGCUGCCCUCACUGCCCAGCAACCUGAGCGAGCGGAGAAGCCUCAAAGCACUCAUUGUCGAGGACUGUCCCGUCAUGACCUCCCUCCCUGCGUCCCUAGCCCACCUCUCCAGCCUUGGAAACUCGUGUUGA